GCCGCUGCGCUUUUCUCGGAGAGAGUGAUUACGAGAGAAAAUUUGCAGAGGCGAAGUGAAAGAGAAAGAAGAAAGAAGAAAGAAGAACAGAACAUACCCACUUCCAUAUCCUUAAAAAAAUCCCAUUUUCAUCUUAUUUCACUGAAAAAGAACCCAUCAGCACUCACUCACUCUCCGAUUCACAAACGGGCUUUCCCCUGUUCUUCUCGGAGUUUGAUUCCCACUUCAUUUUUCCGUCUCUGGAGCUCAGAAAUGGAGCAGAUCAUGGCAGUCUACAAGAUUCAGACCUGUGGGAUAGUGUAGGUUUUUCAGCAGAAACCGGUUUUCGCUGGUUCUGCUCUCUUUCACUUUCAUUACACCCUUUCCUCCCUUUCUUUCAAGCUUUCGGCUCGCCGGAGCAUGGCUUGCCGUAGAAAAAUUGUGGGAAAUCUUGACCCAGAAAGGAAAAGAAGUGGUGGUUUGAGAACGAAGCAGGCGGGGAGAGGAUCGUGCCGGGGAAGUUAGAAAUUACGAAUGAAAAAAUCGAAAAUAGUUUGGGAAAUGUUCUGUCUCUCCGGCGCUUGACCAUUUUAACUUCUUGGUCUCUACUGUUUGGUGCAUGUUUCUAUCGGAUUUGGAAGAAAUUUUCAAAGCUUUGAAGAUAACAAAAGAUUGGGUUCGAGCUCUGUUUUUGUAGCUAUGGGGUUGCUUCUUAAAGAGACACUCAAAGCUCUUUGUGGUUCGAAUCAAUGGUCUUAUGCUGUGUUCUGGAAGAUCGGCUGCCAAAAUCCCAAGCUUCUGAUAUGGGAAGAAUGCCAUUACCAGCUCUUGCCCAGCUUUGAGUCUUCUGGAAAUGGGAGUUCCAAAUUAUUACCCCUUGAGGACUGGGAAGGAUGUUCAUCCAUGCAACAGGCGAAUCAAGUGGAGGGCAAACUUUUUUCACUAAUGAAACAAAUGAUGUGUAGUAAACAGAUCAGUCUAGUAGGUGAAGGGAUUGUCGGGCGAGCUGCAUUUACAGGAAACCAUCAGUGGAUUCUGUCGAGCGAUUCUACAAGAGAUGCCUAUCCACCAGAGGUUCUUAAUGAGUUGCAUCAACAAUUUCUUGCUGGGAUGCAGACCAUUGCUGUUAUUCCUGUUCUUCCUCAUGGAGUGGUGCAACUGGGCUCGUUCUUUGCUAUCAUGGAGAACUUGAUGUUUAUAAACAAAGUGAAGAGUUUGAUACUGCAUUUAGGAUCUGUACCUGGUGCUCUUCUUUCUGAGAAUUAUAAUGGAAAAGAUCCAGUUGAGAAAAUAGGUGUGCCUGUGACUUUAGGAAUGGCUGGACUUACAGACCCUACUCAAAGUUGCAGCGUGAUUAAACCCUUGUUGGUGAAUGAGAAUUGCAACCUGCAAAACAACUCAUUGCUAGCUUCUACGUCUGGUCCGCCUUCUAAUUUUCUGUUACGAGAGAAUUGGCCUAAUCAUCUUGCUGCUUCUUCAACACCACAAAAUCCAUACUCGACCCAAGCUUUCGCCGUGUCUCAUCAAAAUCUCAGUCUUCCAAACGUUACUCAAGUGAUGAAGCCGAAUCUCCCUUCAAGCGACAAUUUGGAGUAUGGACGUGCUCGAGCUGAAGUGAUUCUCCCAAAUCCCGAGGCACGGAUGAACCAGCAGGCUUCUUCUAUUUCUUUUUAUAGCUCCCAACAUGGUGUCAUUCCAUCAUCUGCUGGCCAUAGCAGCCUGAAACUAGUUGGAAAUCCUAAUCGUUCUGCUGUAUAUGUUCAGAAAGGUGCUUAUAACUGCUUAAAUCCAUCAAAUAGUUGUAACUUGUCUCAACUGGUGGCACAUGAAAAUAGUUCUCUGACCACCAAUCAUCCAUUAGUCGAAAGCAGACGGUCCAACGAAAAGAAAAAUAGUUCUUCAAAGCCAUUUUCAGUUUGUAAUGACCGCCGAGCAACUGAGAAAAGUGUAUAUGGAGUUGAGCAAGCUGGAAUAGAGGUACAAAAUGCUCUCAAGUCCAAGGCCGAGGAGGUUUCUAAGUCAGGUGGGGUAGAUCGUUCAGUUACAACCGAGCAACUGUCACUCGAGAAGCUAGCUCCAUCAGAGUCAAAUAGAGAUAAUGAUUUAUUUGAAGCGCUUAAUACUACAUGGACUCGACUAGAGAGUGCCAUGUCCAUGAAUGAGUACAUGCCUUGUCUUGCUAAUGACUCGAGCCAUUUUAUUAGUGGAUUUGAGAGCCCAGAACUCCCACAAAUUAAGAACAAACAAACAUGUUCUUUACCUUCUUCAGGUGAUGACUUGUUUGAUAUUCUAGGUGUGGAGUAUAAGAAUAAACUACUCACUGGCAACUGGAAUGAAGACAGGAAGAAUUUUGAUGCAUCUCAGAUAAUGAACGUGCUCGAGGCUGGAUCAAGUUCAAACGUCUCGUCUAUGUGUGAAAAGAUAUCAAAAUCUGGAAUCAAUCCCAUGACAGCCUCUGACCAUCUCUUGGAUGCUGUUGUAUCCAGAGGCCACUCUGCAGAUGAUAGCAUUUCUUGUAGGACGACAUUGACUAAAAUCAGUAGCUCCUCUGGUCCAAGUAGCUCGGUUUAUGGACAGCCAAAUGCAUCCAAUCUCAUGCAGGGGGGAGUUUUUGGCGUCCCCAAGUCCCUAGAUAUGGCAAAUUGCUCUCAAAGUUCUUCAGUAUAUGGAUCUCAAAUCAGUUCAUGGGUUGAACCAGGCGAUAACUUGAAGCGUGACAGUAGUGUGUCGACAGCCUAUUCUAAGAGGCCUGAUGAAGUGAACAAAUUGAGUCGUAAAAGGCUUAAACCUGGAGAGAAUCCUAGACCGAGGCCGAAAGAUCGCCAGAUGAUACAAGAUCGUGUAAAGGAGUUGCGGGAGAUCGUGCCAAAUGGAGCAAAAUGUAGCAUAGAUGCAUUACUUGAAAAAACCAUCAAGCAUAUGCUUUUCCUGCAAAGUGUUACAAAGCAUGCUGACAAGUUGAAACAGACCGGAGAGUCUAAGAUCACGAGCAAAGAAGGCGGACUCUUUCUUAAAGACAACUUUGAGGGUGGGGCGACGUGGGCGUUUGAGGUUGGUUCACGAACUAUGGUUUGUCCUAUCAUAGUCGAGGAUUUGAAUCCGCCACGUCAGAUGCUUGUGGAGAUGCUUUGUGAGGAGAGGGGUUUCUUUUUGGAAAUAGCUGAUUUGAUCCGUGGAAUGGGAUUGACCAUACUGAAGGGAGUGAUGGAGACACGAGAUGACAAGAUAUGGGCGCGGUUUGCUGUCGAGGCUAACAGGGACGUGACUCGAAUGGAGAUAUUCAUGUCGCUCGUUCACCUGUUAGAGCAGACGCUUAAAGGCAACAACGUGUCGAUGGCAAACGCGAUAGAUAACAGCCAUGUUCACAAUUCCUUCCCUCAGUCGACCCCAAUCGCUGCAACUGGCAGGCCUGGUAGCUUGCAGUGAGCAGCAGCUGCCUGCCCUUCAAGUUCUCGUGGGGACGUUGAGAGUGAGCGGCGAUAUCGCUCGCUAUGACUAACAUGUUUCCAGUGUUCCAAGGUCUGUGGUUGUUCUAACCUUUUGGCUUGAUCUAUCACUCAACAGUCAUUAAAUCAUAGUUGUAAUUUGGCACUGAACUCAGUAUUAGAAGGGAAGAUUUGUUUAGUUUAUUUUAGGAGUGUGUUAUUUUCUCCAUGAAUGUAUAAUUGUUUUCAUGAAAUUGGGGCUGCUGUUCGCUCUUUCAAGCCAUCUAGUAGAGUAUUAGGCUUUACUUUAUACCUUUUAUCCAAAUCUUAAUUGUAAACGGUCAUAAAGUAUGUUGCGGUUGAAACUUAGUAACCUGGGUUAAGCAACCGAGUAACGAAACAUUCUUU